AUGGAUGGAAAGUUGCAGCUGUCAAAAUCUGAUCUUAAUAAAAAGAUAAGCCGCCGAAGCACUAAAAUUGAAAGUGUUAUCAAACCUGCUUCUACCAACUAUCUUCAACCACCCAAACAAGUUAGACUCAUCAAUUCCAAAUCUGACUUUCCAACUACCAAUACACAAUUUCUUCAACAUUUGAAUGAUAACAAUUUUCAUAAUGUUACUACUAGUUCAUCUGUGGUACCUACUAAUAAUUCUAAAUUAUAUCACAAUAUAUUACUUCCUCAUUAUCUGAACCAACAUCUUCAACAUGUCUAUCCACAUGAAGAUACAAGCAUGAUUCAUUCCACCAAUGUUUCCCUUAAAAGAUCAUUCGAAGGACUUCCGUCAAAUUUCAAUCCACGAGAAGCUCUUGAUAUGUCAGUAGAUGAAAAGGUUCAUCGAUGGUUAAGAAAUAUUUCAUACGUUUAUGAUGAAUAUGAUGAUAUGUUUGUGGAAUGUUAUCCUGGAGUAGCAAGUUAUUCAAUUUCAAUUGCUACCACAGAUUCUUAUGAUUCAUUUGAUUUAGCUAGUAUAGAUGGUAUUAUUGAGUUUCAAGCAAGGAAACUUACAAGAUAUGCUACCAAGCUUUAUUUAAAUACUGAUGAAUCUGAUUAUCCUCAACGUAGUGAAGGUGGUGAUGUUUAUAGGCAUGAAUUGUGUGACUAUAAUGAUUAUAGUAUAAUGCAAUAUAAUGGUUUGGAGCAUCAGAUAUUAUUAAAUGAUAAUUCAUUAGGACGCUAUGUUGAUCAUAGAGAAGAUUUUGAAAUUCAACAAUAA